ACAAUUUCCAAAUAUUUGUUUCAGCGUAUCGCUUAUAAUUUUUGGAAGUUUAAAUUCUAGACAAUUACUAAUUAAUAAAUAAAAUAAAUGAUAAUUAAAGAAUAACUCGCAGAUCUUAAUGUUUUGCUGUAUUCACAAACAUACAAUUAUUCAACAUAACUGAUGAAAUAACAAAGUGGAAAUAUAUGUUCAAGAAUAAAAAAAAUGCAAGUAAUCCGAACCGUUUAAUAUGGAUGAAGAAGAUUAUAUUGAGAAUACAUGGAGUUAUUUUCUGUUAUGUGGUGAACCAACUUUGUACGAAGGUCUUCGAUUUGCAAGAGAUUUAAUAAUUGCAAAUCUUACUUUGCGUUUAAUAAUUCAGUGUUUUUCUCUGCCACAUAAUGGACGCCAUUGUUUAUCUCUGCUGAUUGGUAGUUUUCUUCUAUACUACAAUGUUGGAUCAGCCAUAAUAUGGACUUUAGGACUUACAGCCGGUGCUUAUUUUGCCAUUACUUUUGUAACAUUAUUAACAAAAAGAUGGAGAGGUUUUAUCAUCACAUUUUUGGUAAUAUUAUUUAUAGUACUAUGCGAAGUGUAUGUUGUGAACCCAAAAAUGUGGCAACAAAUAAGAGGCAUACAGAUGAUAGCAGCAAUGAAAAUUAUAUCUGUAGCAAUUGAACUGGACAGAGGUUUGUUCAAGGACAUAUUGAAUCCUGUAGAGUUUGGGGGAUAUUUACUUUGUCCGGCAAACAGUAUUUUGGGUCCAUGGAUACAAUUCCAUACAUAUUCAUCUUAUCUGGAUGUAAAAUUUUUAUCUCGCAGGUGGAUUAAAUUGAUUAUUAUAAACCUUGUGCAGUCUAUGGUUUUUUUAAUUUUAUCAAAUUGCUUUAUUCCUUGGUAUAUAGAUGAUGAUACUACUUUGUGGUUGAUGUCAUAUCGUGAUGCCCAAGCGUUUCGAAUGUCACAUUAUUUUGUAUCUAGUAUGUCAAUUGUGUCAAUGUUAAGUGCUGGUUUUGGAUUAACAAAUGAUUGUCAUUUAGAUAUAGAAGUUACUAAACCAUUAUUCAUCGAGUUACCAAGAUCUUUAGUUCAGGUUGUUAUUUUCUGGAACAUACCUAUGCAUCAGUGGUUGAAAAAUUACAUAUUUAAAACUUGCCAACCUUAUGGACAAUUUAUUGCUAUAUUUACAACCUAUGCAAUCUCUUCACUUUUACAUGGAUUUAAUUUCCAGUUAUCUGCUGUUCUUCUUAGCAUAGGAUCAUUUUCUUAUGUAGAGUAUAAUUUUAGGUAUAAAGUUGCUUCGGCAUUGGAGGUAUGCUGUUUAGCCAAUCCAUGUGGAAAACAAUGUGAACAUAGAUAUAAGAAAAACAGUUUCAUAGCAGUUUUGGUAAACACAAUUUUUUCAGUGAUAACAAUAAUGCACCUUGCUUAUUUAGGAGUGAUGUUUGAAGCAUCAUUUACUGUUCAAGAAUCUGGUUAUUCAUAUUACCAUACAAUAAGUAAGUGGGAAAAUCUCAAUUUUUUUAGUCAUGGUUUUGUAGCAUUUAUGUACUUAGGUUACUUAAUGAUGUAGAUUUUAUAAUUGAUUUCUAAUAAGACUGAUAAUAUCUGCACCAUCAUAUUUAUAAUUGUAAUAAGUUAUUUUAAUUAUUUGGAAAUCAUGGUCUUUCAGUAUUAAUAUUUAAUAAUUAUGAAUAUUUCUUCAGGACAAUAUAAGUGAUAAUUUCAUAAUGUAUUCCAUUUUUACAUAGUUAAUAAGGAUAUUAGCAAUUGUAUAAAUAAACUAGAAUUAAUUUUUAUACCAUAUAAUUCUAAUAUUACUAUUGUAAAAAAAUCCAUCAUAUUUCCUACUAAUACUUAACAAUCUUUAUGCACUCUUCACAUAUCAAUUAUCUACUAUGAAAUCUUAAAAUAGUGUGCACAGUUUAAUAUGUAACAAAACACUGCCAUAUGUCAAGGUUUUUAUAAAAUUAGUGCCAUUGAAUAUACCCAUCACACACAUUGAAA